AUGGCUGCACGGAUAGCCAAGGCCAUCGAGCACGUUGAGCACCCAAACUGUUACCUGCCCACAUUUCUGCCCCACGGCUCAGCUGGUGGAGUGCCUCGUGUGGCUGCUCGGCAGGCAGUAGUUGUCCGUUUUACAGAACAGGAAACAGUAACAGGGCUGUUUUCGAAGGACUGCAUCCUCCCUUGUCCUUUCUCACCUGGGGAUUAUGAAGUAAUUUACUGGCAGAAAGGGGACAAAAUUGUGCACAGCUACUACGACCAGAGUGAUCAGCUGGAAAGACAAGACCCAGAUUAUAGACACAGAACACACCUUUUCCAUGAGAACAUUCCUAGUGGAAAUGCCUCCUUGAAACUUAGUAACUUGACUGUGACUGAUGAGGGCUCUUAUAAUUGCUAUGUGGGAACACAGCAAACUAAAACAGAAGUGGAAGUGAUGCUGCACGUAAGAGACCAACUGUCUAGCGUGGAAGGAAGUAGCACUGCAAUUCCUUGUGAAUACAGCAAUAACACUACAAACAAUGAAGGUGUCAGUGUUGUCUGGACAUUAAACAGAAAUGCAGUGAUCUCAGUCCUGGCCUCCUUCAAUGGUACAUCUCACUCUUACCAGCCUCGAGUCCAGAUUAACCAAAAUGACUUUUCACUGAAGUUGUGUGAUCUUACUGCAAAUGACAGUGGAGAAUAUCUAUGUAAUAUUUCAACACCUCACUACACAAAACUGACUGCGAGAACUUUGCAAGUUGCUUGUUGUGGCAAAGGUCUCAAUCGGUGGCUGCUCUCAGUUGCCACCAACUGCCCUCAGAACUGA